AUGGGGACCCAGCAGGAGGCUCAGGGACCUGGACUGAACCAGUGGUUCCCUCCCCACGAGUCCCCUCAAGAGGGAUCUCACUCUGGAGCCCCUGAGGAGACAGAGGAACGCGAGGAACAGCGGAGGAACGGCCCAGACGGAGGAAAGCGUGAAAAGAAAGCAGAAAGCCAUGAAAACCUGGCCGGGACAGAGGCAGGAACGCCACCGGAGAGCGGAGCGGGGACAUCCCCGAGCCCUCCCCUUCCCAUCCCCGCGCACAACCUCGGCGAGAUCGAGACCGAGCUGCUCCGCGCCGACGAGGAGCUCGACUUUGGCCACUCGGUGAUGCCCGGAGAGGCACCGGCAGCCCCUGAACCUCCUGCCAGACCCCCCGAGGGCGGCUUUUGGAGCCGCGUUGACCCCCGGCUUCGGCUGCCCCUGCGGGAGGGGCUCGCCCGCUGCGGGCGGGACGAGUACGAGGCGGCGGCCGCCAAAUUCUCCACGGCCCUGCAGCUUUGCAGCAGAGGCUUUGCCGUGGAGGACCCCUUGGAGUCCUCUCCAGAGGACAUUUCCAGGGUUGCCGGUUUUAUUGAGGCAAAACUCGUCACCUGUUACUUAAAACUGGGGCAGCCUGGCAUUGCUCUGAGUCAUUCACACAGGAGCAUCAUCCAGAACCCCUCCUAUUUCCGCAAUCACCUGCGCCAAGCCGCCUGCUUCCGAUGCCUGCGGAGAUACUCGGAAGCCGCCAGAAGCGCCAUGAUCGCUGACUGCCUGUACGUCCUGGCAGGGGGCACCAGGCUGGGCACCAGUGACCUCAUCCAGCUCUACUGGCAGGCUCUGAUUCAAGAAGCCCUCAGUGAAGAAGCGUCUUUUUCUGUCCUGUACACACCUUUUGAGAACGAGGACGAGGCUGACAAAAUAAGGGAGGCCACUGAAACCUUUGCUGAGAAGCACCCUGAUUACGUGCAGCACGUAUUUACAGAUCCUUAUGGAAUUCACCUGUUGCCAGAGGGAGCUGAAUCUCUGCCUGACCAACAGUACUUACUAACCCUGGGCUUCAGAGACAAAGAGCUUGGAAAAAACGUGGAAAAAUCUGUAACUCGAAAGCUGCCGAUCUGUCCAGACCAGAAAACGCCUUUUGGCCCCGGCACGGAGGAGGGAACAGAAACAUUUUGGGAGAACGGUGGGAAAAAGGUCAUGGCAGUCCUCGAUUUUAUUGGAAGCACCAAAAUAAAGGACAGGCGCAGCCCCUGUGCCCGCGCCAUCGAGCGCUUCCAGCGCGCCGCUCUGCUCGGCCGCUCGCACCGAGGGCACGAACAGUCCCAGGUGAUGGCCCAAGCCCUGGCCGAGCUGGCCACCGUCCCCUACCUGCAGAGAGUCUCUCAGGAGGACGACAGACUGCUGCGGUCGCUGACGGCGGAUGCCAUGGACAUGCUGGCUGGGAAAACCGGAGAUCGCAUCUGGAAUAAAAUACAGAAGCUGGCACUGAUAGAGGAGGACCUGAGGGAAGGAGAGGAGGAUUUCUUGAGGAGCCAAAGGGUGCAAACACCUGGAAUGGAAAGCUUGACCCUGGAAAAGUCGACUCCAACGGGACAGGAAUACCUGAGGCUGGAAAACACAAACAUGUUCAUUCCCGACCCACGGAGCUUGGCCACAGAGUCAAAAAGGAGAUGCAUGGACCUUGUAAAUAGUUAAUUUUGUGCGGGUUUUGUUAAUUUUUAUUAAUGUUAGUUUGUUAAUUUUGUAGCUGUGGGUUUCUAUUUCAUAGAUAAGCUCAUUUUAAAUUAAUCUCAUUUUAAAUUACAGCUUUAAAAUACAACUUUGUCGCAUUCGUUUCUGUUUAAGUCGUAUUAAGUGAUAUUUAAUAGUCUAAGUUGUAGGGGUAUCACUUUAAAUUUAAAUGGUAUUAAAUAAUAUUUACUUGCAUUUCUCAUAUUCAUUUAAACCUAAUUGCAUUCAGUUGUGUUUGUACUCGUUUGAAGUUGUAUUCGUUUAUAUUUAACUUGUAUUAAACUGUAUUUAUGUAUAAAUUCUAGUUGGAUUAGCUUAAAUUUAAAUGGC